CGUCGUUCGCUUGCCAGGCACUGUUACGGGGACUACUUUAAAGAGUCCUCCCCACCCUCAAUGUGCCGCAGCAUCGUCCCGGCAUAGUUUCCAGCUCGGGGGCCUUGACGAAGAGGGACUGUCGCCGCUACGGAUAUAUUGACAUCAGUACCUACUUGCGGAACAGCGAAGUGAAAAUGUUGUCGUCCUGUUUUGGUCUCUGCAAGAAGAAGAAGAAGCAGUCGGAUCCCGAACAAGAGCCGUUGCUCCCUCAGUAUGAGCACGACACCCAUCUGCAGCGGGAGCUGUACCGGAAGCUUCACAGCUAUCAGAUGUUGCGCGCCCUGACUGAAGGGUACAUGCCCAGUACUGAGCAAGUCAUAGUCAAUCUGCGCACUCUCUUAGCCAGUGACUUAUUGAAUCCCGACAACCCUGAUCUCUCCGACAGCGGCCGGAGACUGGUGCGUCUGGUCAAGCUGUGGCUGCAGCAAUUCAUCGCGCUUCUGCGCCACAAAAACGACAAGGACCAGCUCCAGGAUCUCAUUUGGCUCCUAUCCAAGAGCGAAAUAUCUGUCGAUGUGGAUGACCUCCGGUCGAGAGCCAAGAAAUCGAAAACCCGAGCGGACAUCGCCGCCGCUUACCAGAGCUUGCGGACUGUUGGUUCACUCCUCCUUACGAACCCCGAGUUCCGCACUUUUCUGGGUGACCUCCAUGUCGUUGGUCGAGAAAUACUCCGAGAUUCGGCUUUCGCCUUGAGCGAUGCCGCGAGGUUAGCGGGCGAAGAACUAGAGCUGUCUUCCGAGGAAGGACGAAGUGUAACCGACGACGAUGACGGGCUUCUGGAGGCCCAAAAUCUGGAGGACGAAUUCGCAGAUGCCAGAGAGGUUCUUGCGAAUCGCGGCGCGGAUGUUGCCAGUGCCACGUUCGAGAGCGUAGAGGACAAGCUUUCGGGAGACGAAGGCCAAGCCCUCUUGAAGCGGCUCCACCAAGCCGUCCUCAGCCUCCGCAAGCGAAAAGACUAUUCGAACUCGGUGUCUACGCUUUCGCUACUUAUUAAGCGCUACGCCGUUAUCUACUCGCGGUCUGUAGAGCAGAUCGUCGAAGUCGCCCAGAGUGACAUUGAGGAAAAUCAGGAGGCGGACCGUGCCCUCACUAACCUGUGGGAGUUUGUCAAGAGUUUUGGCAAUAAGCGUGAGUGGGAGAGGUGCGAGGACCAGCUGAAGCGGGUCAUAAGCCACAAAGAUACGGAUCCUGAAUUCGAGAAUCUGCUAGAAGAAAUUGGAAACAGCCUGCAGAAGCUUCUCAUCGACCCGGGCUUCUUCAGCGAUGCCGAUCAAAAAAUUCGAGAGUUGAGAGAAAGGAGUAAGGAGAUUGGGCCAGAUAGUGUCUUGCGGCAAGAUGUCGACGAGCUUCUCGAGCAAUUGUCCGUGACCUUCCGGAGUGUUCUCAGAGACGACGACAUCCAUAACCUAGCAGCCACUACACUCCGUAUUUUCCGGGUGAUAUCUCCCGAGAAUUCUGCGAUCAAUCCUGAUCUGAUUCAAGACGGCCUCGGUGUCUUCAUCCCGCUCCUCAUCGCCGCUAUUCAACACGUGCCGAUCCCGCGCCUCGAAAUCAGCACGCCGGCAAUCGAUCUAUUGCUAGAGAAUCUCAUUAUCGAACCCGGAACAACCGUGAAUAACUCACAAUUUCUCCCGCAUAGGCUGAAGAUCGAAACAUACAAUAAUGUCGAGAUCCGCAAGGCCGGCUUCCGGACUAGCGCCAGCAGCAAGAAUCUCAUGCUCAUCAAGAUCGACGGGCUCUCGGCGCGCGCGGACGAGGUUGGGUUCUGGCUACGUGCCCACAGUCGCCUGUUCAGGUUCGCGGAUGAGGGCAUCGCGAGUUUCGCAUUGGAUGAACGUGGUAUCGAUAUUCACCUCGAGGUCGAGAUCUGCCGCGACCGGCUCGAGCAGGUCCUGACACUGCGUCGCGUCCGCGUCCGCGUGCAUAAGCUUAACUUCAAGCUCCGUGAGAGUAAGUUGAGAUGGGUCAGCUGGUUUUUGAAACCCGUGCUCCGGCCCGUUCUCAAGAGUGCUAUGGAGGCUCAGCUCGCGACCGCCAUCGCGGCCCUACUCCACGCCGGAAACCGCGAACUUCUAUAUGCGCGCGAACGUCUGCGGGCCACCCGCAUCGCGGACCCCGGCGACUUGUGGACUUUCCUGAAGGCCGUCGCCGCGCGUUUAGUGCCGGGAAAUGACCCUGAUUCGUACACGCGUGUGGGCGUCGAACCGCCGGGCAAAGGCGUCUUUCAGGGCGUGUACGCGCCUGGGAGCCUCGUCAAGACUUGGCAUGAAGAGGCAGUACGCGCGGCAGAGCGUAUCGAGGAGUUUGAAGCGGGUGGUUGGAAGAAUGACGUUUUCAACACCCCUGUGGAUGAUCCUGAGACGUAAAUCCCACCCCUAUGUAUUGUUGUUGAGAGUGUGGUAAAGAGACUCUCUUAUGGAAGAAUUGCGGUGUGAAGAGCUUGAACUGCGAAUAACUUGGG